AUGGAAGGAACCAAUCAAACCAUCGUGACAGAAUUUGUCCUCCUGGGACUUUCUAACUAUCCAAAGAUAAAGAUUAUUUUCUUUGUGCUGGUCUUAUGGAUGUACCUGAUAAUUCUACUGGGCAAUGGAGUAUUGAUCAUAGUAUCCAUCUAUGAUUCCCACCUACACACACCCAUGUAUUUCUUCCUUGGUAAUCUCUCCUUCCUGGACAUUUGCUAUACAACAUUUACCGUGCCCCUAACUCUAGACAGCUUCCUCACUCUGAGGAAAACCAUUUCUUUCUCCAGCUGUGCAAUACAGAUGUUUCUGGCCUUUGCCAUGGGAGCAACUGAAUGUGUGCUCCUGAGCAUGAUGGCAUUUGACCGCUAUGUGGCUAUCUGCAAGCCCCUGAGAUAUCCUGUUAUUAUGAGCAAGGGUACUUAUGUGGCAAUGGCAUCUGUGUCCUGGGUAACAGGAGUUCUUAACUCAGUGGUCCAAACAUCUCUUGCAGUUAGAUUACCAUUUUGUGCAGACAAUGUCAUUGAUCAUUUUAUUUGUGAGAUCCUGGCUGUCCUGAAAUUGGCCUGUGGAAAUAUUUCCAUCAAUGUACUGAGCAUGGCGGGAUCAAACUUCAUCUUUCUAGUGAUUCCUCUAAUAUCAAUUACCAUCUCUUACAUUUUCAUACUUAAUGCUAUCCUCAGGAUUCCUUCUACAGAAGGGAGACAUAAAGCCUUUUCCACCUGUUCAGCCCACCUAACUGUGGUGAUUAUCUUCUAUGGAACAAUCUUCUUCAUGUAUGCAAAACCCAAAUCUAAGAACUCUAUUAGAGCAGACAAUGAUAUCACAGACAAAUUCAUCACACUAUUCUAUAGUGUGGUGACUCCUAUGCUCAAUCCCAUCAUUUAUAGUUUGAGAAACAAAGAUGUUAAGGCAGCAGUAAAGAAUAUUUUGAAUCAAAAAACAUUUCACUGAGUGUGCACAAAAUGAUUUGAACCUUAAAAAUGCAUUUGCUAAUGGUUAGAUUUUAUUUUUUUUAAACUGUUAGCAUUUCGAAAUAUAUUAUGUGUCAAG